GGUAGACUUGGCCGAGUAAAUUCCAAAGUUUUGAGUUUCUGACGGCCAAAAGCAACCAAGCUAGCUGUGGAAAGUCCUCUCAAGAAUCAAAAUGGCCAAAGAUUUGCAUGUAGUUCUGGUUCCAUACGUAGCCUUUGGCCACUUGCUUCCAUUCUUCCAUCUCUCCGUGGCUUUAGCCAAAGCUGGGAUCCAUGUCUCCUUCAUUUCUACCCCUAGAAACAUCCAAAGACUCCCCAAAGUACCAUUAGAGCUAUCUGCUUUCAUAAACUUGGUGGCUUUUCCACUCCAAAUCGUCAACGGCAGUUCCUUGCCAGAAGGUGCCGACAACACCUUCGACGUUUCUUUAGAGAAGGAGAAGGAUUUAAAGGCUGCCUAUGAUCUUUUGUGUCAUCCCUUUAAACAAUUCAUCGCCAAUGAAUCACCCAAUUGGAUAGGUGUUGAUGUGUUCCCUCAUUGGGCUAUCGACAUCGCCAACGAUUUCUGUAUUCCGGUGUUCUGCUUUUCCAUCGUCUCCGCUGCCACCAGGGUCUUUGUCGGGCCACCGGAGUAUUUGACGGGAGAUGGCUUAAAGAUUGUUCGUCCAUCGCCGGAAUCCCUGACAUCACCGCCUGAAUGGGUCACUUUUCCAUCUUCGGUGGUCGCCGCCCGACGUGGCUCUGAAGCCAAUGACUACUAUUAUAACUUUUUCAAUGGGGAUAUGAGUAAAAGAAUAGCUAAAAUUCUAAAGGGAUGCAAGGCCCUGGUCAUUCGUAGUUGCAAGGAAAUUGAAGGUGAGUACUUAGAAGUACUUGUGAAGAUCUUUCAGAAGCCAGUUUUUCCUGUGGGGUUAUUACCUCCGGAUCAGCAAGAGAGAAGGGAUUAUGGUGAAGAGUGGCUUAAAACAUUUAAGUGGCUUGAUCAACAAAAACCCAAGUCUGUUGUGUUUGUAGGAUUUGGAAGUUCCUGCAAAUUAAGUAAAGAUCAAGUUCAUGAGAUAGCUUAUGGGCUAGAACUUUCCAAUCUGCCAUUCCUGUGGUCCCUCGUCAAAUCUGAAAUUGCAGACGAUAUCGACGUUUUACCUCCAAGCUUCAUAAACAACACAGCCGGGCGAGGUUUGGUGUGCAUAGGAUGGGCUCCUCAAGUGGAAAUUCUAGCAAAUCCUGCCAUUGGAGGAUCUUUGUUUCAUGGUGGGUGGGGUUCUGUGAUAGAGAAUCUCCGGUAUGGUCAUCGACUCAUUGUUUUGCCCCUGAAUUUUGAUCAAGGAUUUAAUGCAAGGUUGAUAGUGGACAAGGGUUUGGCUAUCCAAGUUGAGCAAAAUGAAGAUAGGUCAUUUAGUAGGAAUGCCAUUACCAAGGGUCUGAGGCGAGCCAUGGUCUCAGAAGAAGGGAACCAGAUAGGCAUCAAAGCAGCAGAACUUGCUGCUGUUGUCAACAAUCCCACCCUGCAUCAAGAGCAUUACAUAGCUGAGUUUGUCCAGUAUCUGAAGAAUGGGGUUGCUGCAACACAAAAUUGAUCUUUGGAUCCUUUCCGUUGUCUUUGG